ACUAUAUCAUAAUAAGACUACAGAAGCAGACGUCUAUCGGCAGUCUCCCUCUUGCUCACGUGGAUUAACCACUUUCCUGACCUAGCUUCAAAUUCCAUAUAGUAUCUGUGAUAUUUUUUCGUGUACAUAAAAGCUUUGAUUAAUAAUGGCCGGUAAAAUUUUUACGAGAAUCUGUACUGCAUACAGUCGUACUUCACCCUGGUAUCCGCCCAGUGAACCGUUAUUGUUCUUCAGUGUCAGAAAAAAUCAACAGUUAGCCAUGGAUCCUACACAAGCAUUCCUGCUUAAAGAAAAAUGCAUUGCUGUUGACACCAACGACAAGGCCAUUGGUGAAAUGUCAAAAGAAGAAGCUCAUCUGCUUGGUCCAAAUGGCCAGUUACCACCUCUUCAUCGGGCAUUCAGUGUCUUUGUCUUCAAUACAAAGAACGAGUUACUCAUGCAGCAAAGAUCUGAACACAAAAUUACUUUCCCUGGCUAUUACACCAACUCCUGCUGCAGUCACCCUUUACACAACUGCUCUCCUGAUGAAACUGAUGAAGCAUGCCAUGUUGGAAUCAGACGAGCUGCCAGAAGAAGGCUUCAAAUUGAGCUGGGCAUUGAUCCAGACAGUAUCGAGUUAUCAGAUUUUAAGAUUCUCACCAGAAUUAUCUAUGGUGCUCCCUCUGAUGGAAAAUGGGGGGAACAUGAAGUGGAUUACAUCCUAUUUCUAAGGAAGGAUGUUGCUAUGAAGCCCAACCCCAACGAAGUCAGCCGUGUGGCAUACGUGUCUCUUCCGGGUUUUCGAGAGUUUCAAGGCUACCUCGAAAAGAAUAACAUCCCAUUUACGCCUUGGUUUAGACUAAUACUCAACAGCCAUCUUAAAGGGUGGUGGAAACAUAUAGAUAAUCUUGAAAGAAUCGAAUAUGAUCCUGUUAUACAUCGCUUGUAAAUGCAUUGGUGUAGAUAUUAUUCGUAGCAACCAUACGUCUUCAAAAGAAAAGAAUGAUAUAGAGCAUAUUUAUGAAACAUAA